AAACCACGUCCUUUAAAUACAGCCUGCUGGUUUUCUUAUUGCCUCUGGUAUUUGCUUUCAGGAGAUCUGCGACUCAUCGGUUCGCAACUGCUUCCUUGUUUUCGGUCGCAUAGGCGUGGAUGGCUUCUUCCAGUGUUAAUCGAUGGCUCAGGCCUGAGGUCUACCCGCUCUUUGCUGCUGUUGGGGUUGCUGUAGGAAUCUGUGGAUUUCAGUUAGUACGCAACAUCGUCACCAACCCUGAAGUCAGGGUGAACAAGGAAAACAGGUCUGCUGGAGUACUGGAUAACUUUGCUGAGGGGGAGCGGUAUGCUGAGCAUGGUCUUAGGAAGUUUGUGCGCAACAAAUCCCCUGAAAUAAUGCCGUCAAUCAACAGCUUCUUUGCUGACCCAAAAUGAUGGCAAAAGAAGGUAACUAGCUUCUCAUUUUCACUUGGCUCAACAAUAAACAUUGAACAUGACUGAGCUUUACAGAUUACGAUUGUAGCUGUGUGUGGGUGUGUGGCCCAGUCAAACUAAGUCUGCAUGUGUGAGAGAAUAAUGUGGAAUGUGGCUUUGGACCAUUUUUAUUGGAAUGAAGAUUGGAAUUUCUUAA